AUGAGCGCAGAUAUCGAGCUCAACCUCCCCAUCCCCGGGGGAACUUUUGAUGCGUUUGCUGAUGCGGCAGGACAGGAAGAGGAGACUUCCGGAGCCGACGUCGUGCACCUGCGCAUCCAGCAGCGCAACGGCAAGAAGUCCCUGACCACUGUGCAGGGCCUCAAGAAGAGCUACGACUACAAGAAGGUGCUCAAAGCCCUCAAGAAAGAGUUUUGCUGCAACGGCACUGUGGUGGACGACCCCGAGCUGGGCAACGUGAUCCAGCUGCAGGGCGACCAGCGCAAGAACGUGCUGCAGUUCCUCACGCAGGAGGGGCUUGUAAAGAAGGAGCUCAUCAAGGUCCACGGUGAGGCUCGCAUGGCGACGGCUUGCGGCCGCAUGGGGCUGCAUGGGGGUGGCGCGGGGGUUGCACGGGUUCUAAGCGGCCGCCUGCCGGCCAAGUGGACAGUGCGGCGCAGCGCGGCGAGCCUGUUGCUUCUGAGCGCCCUGUCUCAGGGGUUGGUGGUUGGCGGCUGCGGGACGCGGUGCUGGGUGGCAAGGCAGGGCAGGCAACUAGAGGCUGUUUCCGAGGGCGCGCGCCGGGCGGCGGUGGCAGCGGUUGCGGCGGGCGGGCAGGGCUCAGCAGACGACGGGAGGAUGUGA